AUGGUGGUCGGCGAGGUGGCCUCAGGCCACGUGACACGGUGGCUGUCGGACAAGAGCCAAACCUCCCGAGCCAGCGCUACAGCUUUGCGCCAUCCCGCUACCGGCGAGGCUGCUCCGGUUGGUGAUCGAUACAACAGGGAACCGAUUCCGGACGAGGAAUGGUGGCUGCGUGGGAACAACCGAUCCAAGCUCCUGACAACGGCUCCCUUCACCUUCUAUGAUGGCAACCCACUGGCGAAGAAGAACUUUCAGGCUCAGUGCGUGGGUCCGGAUCAUUCACGCCGAGUGGCCCAGCAGCUCGGCCGCAUCGGCCACAGCUUCUCGGAGGCCAACCUGCAAGUCCUCAAGGAGGACCCCCAUGCGCGUCGGUACAUGUCACAGAAGUACGCGGAGCUGAUGCAGCGCCCACAGGCCGUUGCCAGUCCGUCAGAGGCGCGGGGCCCACAGCGAGCUCCUCUGAAGGGCUCCGAGGAAGGGAGGAGAGGCAGGACGCGACUUGGCCAGCUGGCCUCGACGGGGAAUUGGAAGCUUCCCAAAGCUGAGCUGCGACAGACAAUGGAUGGCAAGAACGUGAUCAUGCUGCCAAAUCCGCGCCUGCCGCGUGAGAACGCAUCCAUGGAUAUCCACAACCCCAUGCCACCAAUUCUUGGGCGCCCCAAGUUCCACUACACUUUCGACUACAACGGUGAGCCUUCGCAGUCCGUGCCGCAUUUGCGCUUGGCGCCCGCGGCUCGAAAGGUCUUCCAACGAAACAAACCACACAUGAACAUCGGCACCAUCGGCCACGUCGAUCACGGAAAAACCACUUUGACUGCAGCUAUCACAAAGGUUAUGGCAGAUGAAGGGCGAGCUGAGUUCAGAGCCUAUGAAGCGAUUGACAAGGCUCCUGAGGAACAAAAGCGUGGCAUCACCAUCAACCAGGCUCAUGUAGAGUAUGAGACGGACAAGCGGCACUAUGGACAUGUAGACUGUCCUGGUCAUGCUGAUUAUGUCAAGAACAUGAUCACCGGCGCCGCCCAGAUGGAUGGAGCCAUCCUGGUGGUGUCAGGUUAUGACGGACCAAUGCCACAGACUCGAGAGCACAUCUUGCUCUCCAAACAGGUCUGGAGCACCCAGCUCCGAUGGGAGGGCAAAGAUGGCCCAGAGGAGGUCGCCGACGUUCGCCGGGCCAUGGCUGAAGCUGUAGGCAUCUCGGCCGGCAGCCUCAGCUUGCUCUGCUUACAGCGGAAGCCUGGCAGCCCACAGAACACGCUGAAGCCUGUCUCGGGGCAAAGUCUGGUUGCAUUUUUGGAGCAGAACUGCCGGGAAGAUCACGGUGUUUUCCAGCUGCGCGCUGCUUUUGACAAUGUCACCAACGAGGAUUUCGUGCAGGUGCGCGUGGCCUGCCCCGGCACGGCCACCUCAAAGGCUGUCGCGAACAGUAGCGCGAGCCAGCCUCUGCCGAUCGUGAUAGAGCAGUUUGAGCUUGCAGCCAGCGGCACGGUGACGACUCUGAAAGAGCUGAUCUCCAAAAGGACGAAGUUUCCCAUAGAUCAGACAGUGCUGUUACUGGGCUGCAAGCGAUUACAUGACGAGCUUCCCAUGGGCCGCGUCGCUGCCGCAGCAGAGACGUCUGGAACUCCUCUGCAGCUGCAUUUGAGCGCCAAAGGAGCUUUGGCCUUUCUCAGGCGCGAGGGGCAAGGACACCGCGAGCAAAAUGGCCCGCACACACUCAGCCUUACUUUGCCGGCAUCUGUGAAGGGCAGCCAUGAAAGGCCCAUGCCCUUCGAUCUCAAAUCCACUCUGAGUGAUCUGCGAUGGUCUGUGCAAAGCAUUUCCGGGAUCUCGCCGGCGCGCAUGAAGUUGGUUCUGGACGACGACAAAGACUUGUCCUUUGCAUUGGAGUCCAGCACUUUAGAGGAGCUUGGCUUCGAGGAUGGCUGCAGUGUGCAUGUGCAUGAACCCGAUGCUCUGGCCGUCGCCGACUUCGACAUGCCGUUGGAUAUCCCAUCCAUGGGUCCAGCGAGCCUGCUUUACGAGACGGCAGCGGAAAAGCUCGGGCUCGGGGUGGCAGAGCAAAGUAAGCUUGCAAUCUUUGCUGGGAGUCAGAUGGUCGAGCGCAGUGCUGAUUUAUCCCAGGCGCUCAUUGCUGACGGAGUGAUCCUCUGUGCUUACAUGAACUGGCCCCUGCAUUUGUCUGUGUCCGUCCUAGACUCGAGCCUCCCAGGAACCCUGGAGGGCUUUCCAGGUUCUUUGGAAGUGCGAAGCUGCGAUUCCAUCGCGGACGUCCGCCGGAAGCUGGUGGCCCGCGCCGUGGAAGCAGAGGCGACGGCGCUCCUGGAGGGCAGCUUGGCCUUCGCGGUGGAGUGUUCCACAUGGGAGCGAGAGGGUGCGGGGCCCGCGGGGUGCCGCAGUCUCGCAUCGCUGGAGAGUCUGUUGGGAGGAUUCGCACCUGUGCCGGAGACGGCGCGUCUCUCCAGGCUCGGAAUGGCCGAUGGUGGUUGCCACCUCGUGUUUGUACCCAAGAAGGUGAUAUCCGUGGAAGUUCUGGUCUGCCAUGGCGAGGAAGAGAAGGGCACCAGACAACUCAGGGUGCCAAGCACCACUCGACUUUCAGAGCUUUCGAAGGUUCUGAUAAGAAGUCUACGGCAAAGCAGCCUCCCUGACUUUGCCCCCAGCGAAUUCGCCCACUGCUCCUGGACGCCCUCGUCGGAUCCCAAGGGCUCUCGGGAUGGCCAGCGGAGCGCCUCGCAGUCCUCCUUCGGCGGAGUGCCCUGGCCGAACUACGGCGAGACCAGAUCACAGUCAUAA